ACAGCCUCUUGGCAAGCCGCUAGCACGAUGCCCCGCACCCGCCGCAUCACAGUCCUCAUCUCAGGCUCAGGCACAAACCUCCAGGCGCUGCUCGAUGCGGCCGGCACGCCCCGUCUCCCCGGCGCCGCGAUCACCGCCGUCAUCUCCUCCCGCUCAAACGCCUACGGCCUCACCCGCGCCCGCACGCACGCCCCCCCGAUCCCCGCCGCCGUCUGCGCCCUCAAGACGUUCCUGAACCGCAACCCGGGCGCCACGAGGGAAGACUACGACGCGGAAGUCGCGAGGCAGGUUCUGGACACGAGGCCGGACAUUGUCGUCCUCGCCGGCUGGAUGCACAUUCUCUCAGACCGCUUCCUCGAUAUACUCGACGGCAAGAAGGAGCCCCCGCCCGCGCCCGCCCUUCCGCCGCCCGCACCGAGCAGCCUGCCCACCCAGACCGAGCCCAUCCCCUCCCACGCCCCCGGCGCCGUUUCGCAAAACGCACAGGCCACGUCCGAGCUUCCCCCGCCGCCGCCGAGCCAGUCGUUCCCCGUGCCCAUCAUCAAUCUCCACCCAGCGUUGCCGGGCGCGUUUGACGGCGCGCAUGCUAUUGACAGGGCCUUGGAGGCUUUCCAAAAAGGCGAGGUCACGCGCACAGGCGUCAUGGUUCACAGGGUCGUGGCCGAGGUAGACAGGGGGGAGCCCUUGCUCGUCAAAGAGGUUGAAAUCAAGCCCGAGGACAGGCUGGAAGAUCUUGAAGAGAGAAUACAUUCGGUUGAGCACGAGAUUAUCGUUGACGGCGCGCGACUCAUUAUUGAACAACUCGACAGACAGGGCCGACCAUGAUAUGCAUAGACUAUACUGACCAUGAGAUGUGACAUGCACUUAUCCAAAGCUGCUGCUGCUGAACCGAGUUCUGACAUGAGAAGCGCAAAAGGCGAAUCGGCAUGAUGGCAUCAACGCCCACUUAUUUUUCAACGUCAUUUUUCCGACCACGCAAGCUUGCAAGCAAAAUAUCAUGCGGUCUUUCGCCUCUUCUCUUUGACUUGAGGUAGUCGGCGAGCAAAAACGCGACGUCUGUGGUCGCAAAUGGUCAGCCGAUAAGCUUGACACGCAAAAAAAAAACCGGACCUAGCGACUGCUCGUAAUUCAAACGCGGGUCGCAAUGCGUUCUGUAAUUGAACGAGAGGUCUUUAUCCUCCAACUCCAUCGAACCACCGAUACACUCGGUCUAUUUUUCACACGACUAUUUAGCCUGGUGUCCCGCAUUAAAAAAAAUGGAUGGGGGGACAUACAACAGAAUACCCAUCGUCAUUGACCUCUCCUGUCAAUUCAAGAUGCACUCCACCAAGAAUAGUAUUCUUUUCUUUAUGGAUUUCCAUGCUUCGAGUAAUUUCGGUAAUGACGUCUACAAAAUGUCGAGUUUUGAGGGUAGGGUCAUGGACAGAGGAUUUGGUGCUAUGAAAAAAAAGUUUAGUUGCCAAGAUU